UAAGCUUCUCCAAAACCCUUCAGAGGCAAUUCCCAAUAUAUCCUUCAGUUAACGAUCCAAUUCGUCGAUUCACUUCGGACAAAAACCGCCUAGCAAGCCCCAAUUUUUCCAGAAGCUUGAAUUUUUUACCCCGCUCCGCAUACGGUCAUGUCAAGCACGACAACGACGACGGCCACUCAGGCCAUAACUGCAGAAAAUGUUACUACUAUCUUCCCGGAUGUCGACCCCGGCCUUGCGCAGGCUUUUUCCCGAAGACAGAAUGGCCCCUCUGCGCGUGAGGGUGGCGAACUGGAGGGGUACGAUGAGGAGCAGAUCCGUCUCAUGGAUGAAGUGUGCAUUGUGCUAGAUGAGAAUGACCAGCCCAUCGGGAGUGCCAGCAAGAAGACAUGCCAUCUAAUGACCAAUAUUGAGCGCGGACUUCUUCACCGCGCGUUCUCCGUCUUCCUCUUUGAUUCCCAGAAGCGAUUGUUACUCCAACAGCGCGCAUCCGAGAAAAUCACUUUCCCAGACAUGUGGACAAAUACCUGCUGCUCACACCCACUUGGCAUUCCCGGUGAAACUGGCGUAGAGUUCGAAGCUGCCGUGCAAGGUGUCAGGAGAGCUGCGCAGAGAAAACUGGAUCACGAGUUGGGAAUCAAAGCGGAGCAAGUCCCACUUGAGAAGUUCGAUUUUCUGACCAGGAUACACUACAAGGCUCCCAGCGACGGCAAGUGGGCAGAGCAUGAGAUCGAUUACAUCCUUUUCAUCCAGGCCGAUGUUGACCUGAACGUGAGCCCUAACGAAGUCCGCGAUACCAAGUACGUUACGGCAGAAGAACUUAAGCAGAUGUUCAAGGAUCCGGCGUUGAAAUUCACACCCUGGUUCAAGCUUAUCUGCGAAUCUAUGCUCUUCAAUUGGUGGGAAAAGUUCGGCACUGAAGAGUUCGAGAAGUUCAAGGGAGACAGAACACUUCACCGCAUGCUUUAAAAUUCCUGUGCCAGCAGUAGAACUAUUUUUUAAAGAACUUGACACUCCCUCUAUUUGCCAAUACCUCUUUCGUGGUUAUAUAUUUGCAAUUUUAUGCGAAGCGUGCUCUCGCACAGGGAUUCAUCUGAUACUAAUACUGCAGAUUUCUGACGAUGUGGCCUCAAACCAUUCCAGACUGCAUAGUUAAAAGGCGUCGUUUCAGUUUUCAUUUCGGGGUAAAUAGUGGCUAUAAUUGACUACUUGUUUUUACUUUCC